GCCGGGCCGCGCCGGUGGCGGCGGGCGCGGGGAUGGGCGAUGUGGCGGCUGGGGGCGGCCUGGGCGCGGCCCGCGGCGCUGCGCGGGGCCCGGGGCCGGCGGGGGUCCUGGAGCGGCGCGCCGGGGGCCGCCUGCGCGGGCGGAGCGGCCGCGGGCUCCUCGGCGGGCGGCCUGGCCCUGCGCGCCCGGCCCGGCCCGAGCGGCGCCGGCGGCUAUAAACAUCUGAUAAAAGAAGAUGAUAGAAAGACAGUUAUAUGUAUUGAGGGGAACAUUGCAAGUGGGAAAACAACAUGCCUGGAUUAUUUUGCACAAACUACCAGCAUUGAGGUUUUGACAGAACCAGUGGCCAAGUGGAGGAACGUUCGUGGUCAUAAUAUCCUGGGCUUAAUGUACCAAGAUGCAUCAAGAUGGGGGAUAACAUUGCAGACUUACAUACAGCUUACAAUGUUGGAGCAGCAUACUAGACCAAUGGUUUCCCCUGUAAGGAUGAUGGAGCGAUCAAUUCACAGUGCAAAAUACAUUUUUGUAGAGAAUUUGUAUCGAAGUGGAAAAAUGCCAGAGGUGGAUUACGUUGUCCUAACAGAAUGGUUUGACUGGAUCCAGAACAACACUGAUGUUUCGGUUGAUUUGAUAGUUUAUUUGCAGACUUCUCCUGAAGUUUGUUAUGAGAGGUUAAAGAGAAGAUGCAGGGAAGAGGAAAAAAUCAUUCCUCUGGAAUAUCUAGAAGCUAUUCAUCAGCUCUAUGAAGAGUGGCUUAUCAAACAUACACUGUUCAAAGUAUCCUGCCCAGUGCUUGUUAUUGGAGCUGACCAUGACAUGCAGAAAAUGAUAGAAAAGUACGAAGAAAACCGGGACCAAAUAUUAAAUCCCUAUAAUAUGCAAGACCAUUUAUAGAAGUCUACAGUUGUUGUAUUUUAAAAAAAAGUUUAUGAAGUCUGGUUUAGGGGCAAUUUUUAGAGUUUUUAAUAUUUCUAAAUAUAAUGGGGUUUGCUUUUGAAUUAUGCUUUAUAGAAUGUUGUGGACUUACUGCUGUGAAAUGUUCUGUUAAUGCCUCGUAUCUGAACAGAAGCCAGUUCCCUUUCAUGUUUUUAUUUUCUCCAUCAGCUUUACUAUGUCAAUUCUGUUCAGCUAAAAUACAUCUAUUUCUCCCAUUUCCCACUUCACUGCUGCUUCCUAGAAGUAACAUAAGUUUCUUCCUUUUUUUUCUUAAAGACAAUCCCAUUUUUGUAAUUUGAAAAAAAUAGUUCCAUACAAAAGGUGAGAUGUCCUUUAUUUUAUGAGAGGAAGCAAAUGAAGUGCAUUGAGUUGAUGCAGCUUUGUUAAAUAGGUCUUGUCAAGCCAAAAUGGGGGGUUUUAAACUAAUCCUAUCUACACUAGUGCAAUUGCAUUGAAUUUAGUAAGCUUCUUCUGCUUUACAUGAAACUACAAUAUAGCUGUAGUUCUGAAGAUAACUAUGUACAAGUACAGUCCCACUGAAUUCAGUGGCAAAAAAACCCCCACGGUUUUUGGAAGCAGUUGCAGAAUGGCUUUUAGGCUUUUUUUGAAGCUAGGUUUUUAAAAGGACUUUUAUCUCUAAUGUUCAUGAAAUCACUGGCCCUGUGGUAGCCAAGUUGAGAACUAGUGAAAAUGCAGGGUGCACAGAACUGUGUUUGUUGUUCCUUUCAAAUGGUUAUAAAAAAGCUUGAAUUAAUUGACUUCUUAACUGUUUUGGGUCAUUCAUUUGUACCUUUUUUAAAAAAGAGAAAUACAGGUGAUGAUUUAGGUUUAUAUCUUGAUCAGUUUAUUGUGACUUACAGGUAUGUUAAGAGUAGAGAAACGUAGUGGAGAUUUAUUUUACACUUUAGCUGUUGAGUGUUGAGUUGGUCUUAUUUUCUGCUUUACCUUCCUAGUGUUGUCUUCAAGAUAAUCCUGACAGUUCUGUUUUCACAUUACUUCUGUUUGCAGGGAAUUAUUUGUGAAGUACAGUAUGUAAUUAAUUUUUUUUUUUAUAUAUAAUAGUUUUGGAUGGUUUAAUUGGAGCAAGCAAGGUUAACAGUGCUGUAAAACACACUUUAAUGUAGUUGAGCAUAUCAUAGCUUUGUAGUGGAUGCUUCUAAAAAUGGCUAGUGCUUUGAUCAUUUAUUACAGACAUUUGUCUGGAACUUGUUGGAGGAUACAGAUUUGCAGGAACUUGGGUUUUUUUCCUGUUUCACCUGAUUUUGAACAGUGUCUGAUGGUAUUACUUUUGGAGUUCUCUGCUUUUUAUUUUGUAGUUUUUUGGUAGCUGGUUUUGUGGUAUGCCUAAAAAUCAUUGUAGUUGAAAUGACUGCACCAUUUUCCAAGGCAGGAAAUGCAGUUCAUUUCUUGUUAUUUCCAUCUGGUGAGAUUUUUUUUUUCCAAAUCAGUACAGCUUAAUAAUGAUCAGUGCACUGAGACAGCACUUCCUAGUGAGCUGCUAUACUAAAGCUGAUGAACUCAGCAUUGCCAUCCAGUUGUACAGCUUUGGAAUCUUAGCUUAAAAAUAAGAUGUGUGUUAAGUAAUCAUCUUACUUACUCAAGCUUAUUUGCAGGGGGAUGGUACUAAUUCUUGAAACCUGUUAAACUUUCAAAGCUUUUUGUAUCAGAGACCAAAGGAACUAUUUCUUUGGAAACAGUUCUGUAAACUUACAGUCAUCUUCAGUUUGUUCUUCUAAUUUCAUUAUGGGUUGUAGAAGCCAAGGAUGUAUAUUUUGCAUACAGUCCAAAAAAAAGCACUUAACUGUUUUGCACAGAAAAUUUUACAGUACAAAGAAUCUCACUUAUCUUUCAGCUUUUGAAAGCAAAUUUUUAUCCGAUUUCUCCCUUCAUUACAUCAAAACAGUAGUUUGGAUGGAAGUUAGUGAUAUUCAUAAUUACAGUGUAAUAUAAGGGAAUAAAUUCUAUCUCUUAUUUAUUAAAGAUUAGGGAUGCAGUGGCUACAUGUGUACGUUUUGUUACCUAUUACUUUUCAUGUAUAGAUUGUCAUAUAUGUCAUAUAUGGGAAGGUUGGGGUAUUUAAGGAAAACUGGGAACAAAACCAAACAGAUGCUUGUUAUAUGUCAUAAAUGUUAAAAUGUUUGCAGUCUGCUAUAGAUGUGUAGAUAAAAAUACUGUGUACUUAUAAAGAGCUGUUUUUAAGCCUGGAA